AUGAAGCUCACUCCGGGGGUCGCAUGCCUCAGCUUGGCCUCUCUUGCAGCCGCUGACUGGCGCUUCCGGUCCCGCCCCGAACUUGCCGCCCCGAGACUCAACAUUACGGUUCCGGCCGACCGCAAUGUCGUGGAGAAGGGCUUCAUCUUCGUGGCGCCCUACGAGGGUUUCGAAGAAGGUCACCGUGGUCCAGUCCAGCCAGGAGCUUACAUCUUUCGAGACGAUGGAGAGUUAGUCUGGUCCGGCAUAGGACACCAUUCCGGAUGGGUCGCGAACUUCCGCCCCGAUACUUGGAACGGGAAGCCGUACUUGCGUGCGUUUCAAGGAUCGCUUGAUGGAAAGCACGGUAGGAUGUUUGGCUACCACACGCUCCUUGGGCCCGACUAUGAAGUCGCCAAGGUGGUCAAGGUCGGAUCGCACCGGCUCGUCUCGGCGCACGAGUUCCGGCUCGUUGACGGGAAGACGGCCUUGGUGGAGACGCCGAUCCCGCGAACCGUGUCGUUGAAGCCAUGGGGAGGGACUGCGGAGCAGAAUUGGAUCCUCUCAGGGGGUUUUCAAGAGAUUGACAUUGACACCGGGGACGUCAUUUUUGAAUGGGAGAGUUUUGACCACGUUGAUCCCAAGUAUAGCGCUUUCCCGCUCGACUUUGGAGCCGGUCUGCCUGGAAGUGGCAAAAGUGAAACGGAUGCUUGGAACUAUUUCCACAUCAAUAGCGUCGACAAGGAUGAGGAAGGAAACUAUCUCAUGUCGGCAAGAAAUGUCGCGGCGGUCUUCAAGAUCAACGGAACCAGCGGCGAGAUCAUCUGGCAGCUCGGAGGCUUCCAUGGAGGUUCCUCAUUCGCGCUAGCCAAUGAAGACGUGUUCGGCUACCAACACCACGCGCGAUUUCGCAGUCGUUCCGCAGAUGGAAAGAUCGAGAUCAUCUCUCUGUUUGACAACGGGGCCCACUCGGCGCCUCAAAAGACCAACGCGUUCUCACGGGGUCGUAUCUAUAAGCUGAACCACACCGACGGUACUGCGAAAGCGAUUCAGACGUACGAUGCUCCAGAUGACCUGUCGGCGCACACGCAGGGCAGCUUGCAAGUUUUGCCAAACGAUAAUGUUUUUAUCAACUGGGGCCAGUCCGGUGCGGUGACGGAGUUCAGCCAUGAGGGCAAGGUCUUGUUCCACGCGGACCUUGACUCGGCUCCGGAGGGUAUCUUUACGCAGAGCUAUCGUGGCUUCAGAUACAACUGGACCGGAACACCUGCUGAGGAACCUGCCAUUGUGGCUUUCAAGGGUGUCCAAGAUGGUGACUUGGAUGUUUACGUCUCGUGGAACGGGGAUACGGAGGCUGCUUCGUGGAGGGUCUACGUCCGCUCUGCAGCGGGCUCCAGGGAAGAUUUCCUGGGUGAAGUCGACCGUGACGGCUUCGAGACUCACGCCACGUUUCGCGAAGUAGAUGUAUCUGAAGGUAUAGCAGUCAUUGCGGAGGCUGUUGACAAAGAUGGCAGAGCGCUAAGAAAGACGACGCCUGCCCCGAUUUCCCUCGACUUGGCUCAUCCGCCUUCUGAGCCGAAGUGGAGGAGUGACGAACUGUGA